CUUAUUUUAUAAAUUAGUAUUCGUACAUUUACAACAAUAUCAGCGACCAAAGUUAACCAAAAGUAGUAAGUACUCAACUAACAAAUAACAAGAAAAAUGGCGAUUUUAAAGUACGGAAUUUUUAUAUUCCUGCUACCGGAGAUAUUUGCGGCAAGCUUAUAUCAGUAUGGACAACCAUUUACUGGGUUUUUCAGUAACCAAAGACAACCAAGUAGCCAAUGGUUAAAUCCAUUUUUUUCAACUCAAAAUAAUGGACUUCAAAAUCGUCAGCAGAAUGAUCUAUUUAACAGCAAUUCUUUCUUUCAACAAAUUCCAUUUGUAAACUUUUUAAGUCAAAAACCAUUUGAUGAAACAAAUACAGUUAGAUUAAAAUUUGACGAAAGGGAUCAACAAUUUCAACCACCAUCGUCACAACAUCAACAAGAAUCCACACUGUCUGAAGUAAAACGGCAGCUUGAAGAUGUUGAUUUAUUACAGCUGUUUAAUAUAAUAAAUAAUCAACCACGCAACGAUCCAAACCAUCAAUCAAUGUUACCACCACAUUUGUUAGCUCAACAACAAUCAACAGUAAAUCAUCAAAAAUCCGAAUCUUAUCCACAACAAAACCAAAAUAAUUCUACAAAUUUGGAACAAGUUUCUCCAUUGAAAUUAAUUAUGCAAAUGCCAUUCAUGAACACAGAGUUACCCAAUGAUUCCAACCAAAAAAAUAUCUAUAAAAAUGAAAAAAAACCUUUAUCUCUCCGUAUGAAUAAAAAAAAUAAUAUGCCUGAAAAGGUCAACUUAGAAAAGUAUGAAAACCAAAGAGACAAUUCUGUUGACGAAUCUCAAUACAACAUUAAUAAAAAUGAAAUUAUUUCACUUUUAUCAAACAUUUUAGGCUCUCAAGACAUAUCUGGAUUUAAAACAACUGAAACUGAACCAAUUCAAAUGAAUGCUUACAAACAAAACGUUCAUACACCAGGCAAAAAAUUAAACGAGGAAUCUGACAAACAAGAAAAUUAUUAUCGGUCAGAGCUAAAUGAUCAAUAUAAUACAAACAAAGAUGCGGAUAAACAAAAUUUUAACGAAAAAAUGGAUUCAAUGAAUAAUAAUACUUCUACUGAAAAAGAAAUUUUGUCAUUUUUAUCAAACAUUUUAGGAUCUCAGAAUAUGUCUACACGACCUCCAUUUAUGAUAAACAUACCUCGAGAAGAGAAAGAAAUUCAACGCGAUAUACCAAAAAAACUUAUAAAUUCAAUAAAAGAACAAUCUGAAUUAAAAAAUGAUGAAAAAAAAGGAUCUCAGAUUGAACCAAUUCAAAUGAGCAAUAUUGAAAACGAUCAGAUAUCCAAUGAAAAUGUACAAAAAAAAACUGAAAAACAACAGAAUAAUCAACUUGAGCAAAAUAUUCAUAAUGAUUUAAAUGAAAAUGCUACUAAUAAAAACGAUAUUAAUAAAUUGAUGAAAUUGAUUAAAAAUAGUCCUAACUCUGAAGCUAUCAUGUCACUUUUAACAAAAAUUUUGGGCUCUGGAGACAUGUCUUCGCAACUUCCAUUUUUAAUGGACACUCCCAGAGAAGAAAAUAAUAAUCAACAAAAUUCGCAACGUGAAACUAUGCCUUUGGAAAAACCUUCCAAUUCAUUCGAGUCAAAUAAAAACCAAAUUGAAUUACAAGAUAACAAAUCAUCAUUAUCCAAGUUAAAUGAUCAGAGUUCAAAUAAUCAUAAUAACAAUAAUAAUGAAUACACAAACCCGAAAUAUAAUAAUGAACAUAUUAACCGUUUGGAAACUCAAAUAGAGAAACCACCUAUUGCAGAAUCCAACAUUGUACAGUCACAACCUCAAAAUAAUCAAUCAAAUAAGAUCACAGUGCAGCAAGCGCUGUCCAAAAUAUCAGACACUGUUAAAUUAAAUUUGAAUGGUGUUAAAGCAAUAUAUGAAUUUAUAAGCUCAAAUUUUACUAACUCUAAUAUAACAGAAAAAUUGAGGUUGACAUUAGAUAUUAGCCAAGCAGUACUUAGAGGUUUUCAAAAGACAUUAGAACUUAAUAAAAAAAUAUUGCACGAAAAACAUCAAAGGCCAAACUACAACAGUAGUUAUGAUGGAAUGAAUAUGUCAAACUUUUCCCAUAGAGAAUUUGACAAUGAUUCACAAAUAUUUGAUAAUAUAGCUGACACAAUGAGAAGUUUUGGUAUGCCAAAUUUUAUAGGAAAUUCUAGAAAUAACAUGGGGUUCAAUUCAGAUGCAGCACAGUUUGAAGCAUUAUUAAACAAUUCGUUUGGAAAUAUCUUUGACGAUUUCGGUUUUAAUACCAACAGAAGAAAUAAUUUUGCAGAUCAACAAAUUUUUGCCAACAUACUACAGCCGUUAUUUGAAGAAGUAACGAAAGUUUUACUCGAAAAUCCACCAGUACCUUAUAACGACAAUAGUCAAAAUAUAAAAAAAUUUGUUCCAGAAUUGAUGAAAGUCAUUAAGAACACUUUUACAAAAGAGAUUGAUGAUAUAACUCAUGGAAAUCAACCAGAUGUUUCCAGCAGUUAAAUGUUCAACAUUAUUCCUAAAUUAUUACAACAUAACAUUUAUAUUUUCCGAAUAUAUAUUUUUAUUUGUUGUAAUAUAUUACAAGUCAAUAAAAAAAUUAAUAAAAUUAA